AUGUACAUGACAGCCUUCAAGGACCUUGAAUCCGUACGAAAGAACCUGGAAGAAAUUGAGGGAAUGUGCAAGGAGGCAGAGGAAGUUCAGGCUUUGCUUACCAGGCUGGGCGAAAUUAAGUUCCCCGACUUGGGCAUCAACGGCGAUUCCGUCUUGUGCUCUAGGUGUCACGAACACAUCAAUCUACCAUUCGGAUCAGCCGACCCACUGAAACCUCAACGAUCCUUUGAAUACUACGGCAUAUCCUUCAUUCUGAUCAUCACUACCCUCCUCGACAUCAGCUACUUUCGACAGACCGGUCUGAUAUGGAUAGCCGUCGGCAUGGUUACUGGGUUUCUGACUCCUAUUGCCUUCCUUCGUUGGUCCGGGGGUGAACAUUACUGCCGGCGUCUGACCCAUCAUUAUUUCCAGAGUUGGAUCUUCAGUCUUCUUAUCUGGGCUUACGGGGGGGCUGCGAUUGGCGGACCUGACGAGGUGACCGGGCUGGAGGCCUUCAUAAACUGGCAUUUGUGGAUUGGCAUCAUCAGCCACGAAUAUUAUGGCACAACACCACCCUCAUCACAUCCAGGAUCCAAGGAAACAGUCCUCGAGACCUCCCAAACCAAUUACUGCCCCUCUGCGACAUCCCCUACAGGGCUUGUCGAGCACGGACUGAGUGCAAAGCCGGCUCAGCUUUUGCACUCAAGAUACAGCUUCAGAUAUCCUACAGGGAAUUGGCAUUCCAUGAUCUUCAUCCAGGCGAGGAACGCCGUACCCACGCAGCCAGCGGGAUAUCGACGCCGCAGGGCGAGUCUUCUCGCCGCAACGAACGAACGUCUUUCUGUGAGUGCCAGCCGCGCAGACGGUGAGCUCAUCCCGCACAACGACCCAAGGAGAUCGCCUUCACCCGACGAACGAGAUGCCAUCAGACGUCUCACGUCGGCUUUGGACGAAUGCGAGAGAAUACCCGUGGGGUGCGGAUCUGAUCAUCCAAUGCUUCUUUGA